AUGGUGAUCUUGAACUUUACGCUCAGCGAGGAAGGCGUGUCUGUUUUCCACGACGCCCUCGCCUGCAUGUACAAGUUCAGUGAUGAUGUCUGCUUGGAAGCAAGAAAGGACAAGCUUACCUUGACCACUCUAAACAUUUCAAAGUCAGCAUACGUUUGCUUCACCUUUGCCGCCAACAGGUUCUUCUCUCGUUACCAUUUCGAGGGAAAUGCCCAGUAUCGUGACAGGUUCUUCUGUCAGCUCUAUAUUCGAUCCCUCUUGUCCAUCUUCCGGUCUCGCCAAGGCAGUGACUCUGUACGGGACAAGGAUGCUUCCAUAGAGCGCUGUGAUGUUGCCAUUGACGAUGGCCCUGGCAAGAAGAGCCGGUUGGUUGCAAGAGUCUCUUGCAGGAACGGAAUCACCGCUUCUCAUUCUUUACCUUUCGAGUCAAAGCCACCAAUUCAUGCCAAGUUUGAUAAGGACGAGGCUGCGAAUUGCUGGUCGAUUUCAUCCAACACACUGCGACAACUCAUGGAUCAUUUCGGUCCGGGUAUCGAGUUGCUUGAUAUCAACACAGAUGACGAAGAUCGUGUUGUGAAUUUCACCUGCUUCACGGACAAGGUGCAGAAGCGUGGGCCCCAUGGAAAUGAAGCUGUCCUCAAGAAGCCGCUUCACACCAACAUUUCUGUGGAAAUGGCCGAGUUUGACGACGUUGAGGUGCAAGACAAGCUUCAUAUCAUUAUUAGUGUCAAGGAUUUCCGUGCGAUCCUCCAACACGCCCAAAUAACCAGCGGGAAGCUCGCAACCUACUACUCGGAGCCCGGACGACCGAUGAAGUUGUCUUAUAGUGCGGACGGUAUCCUGUGUGAGUUCAUCCUCAUGACGGUUGGAGAACAGGAUGCCAUCACCCAGAAGCACAAAAAUACAAGAGCAAGGGCUUCAAAGACCCCAAAACCGGGGCCGGGCCCGAGUCCUGCAUCCAAACCUGAGGGCUCUGUUGCCAGCAACCAGGCCCAGGAAGCCCCAAAGCCAGUGCAGAGUCCACCUCAACAAAAGAUCUCUCCACGACCACGACAGACACAAUUCGAAAUCCGACCACCACCCGUUCCACCUCGAGCCCCGGUGACCGCCAGGUCUGAUCGAUCCGACUCGCCAUUAUUUGUCGAACAAGGCGACGAAGACGAGCAAUGGGAGCCCGUGGAUCGAGAGGAUGAUGAUGAGUUUGCGAAGGAAGUUGGCUAA